AAGAGAUGGACCACGGGGAAAACAACAGAGAGAGGGACCAUGGGAAAACAACAAAGAGAAGAGAACGCCCACCACGGGAAAGGAGCAAAGUGAGGGACCAUGGGAAAGGAGCAGAGAGAGGAGAACGCCCACCACGGGAAAGGAGCAGAGAGAGGAGGACGCCCACCACGGGAAAGGAGCAGAGAGAGGAGGACGCCCACCACGGGAAAGGAGCAGAGAGAGGAGAACGCCCACCACGGGAAAGGAGCAGAGAGAGGGACCAUGGGAAAACAGCAGAGGAGAACGCCCACCACGGGAAAGGAGCAGAGAGAGGAGAACGCCCACCACGGGAAAGGAGCAGAGAGAGGAGGACGCCCACCACGGGAAAGGAGCAGAGAGAGGAGAACGCCCACCACGGGGAAAGGAGCAGAGAGAGGAGAACGCCCACCACGGGAAAGGAGCAGAGAGAGGGACCAUGGGAAAACAACAAAGAGAGGAGAACGCCCACCACGGGACAGGAGCAAAGAGAGGAGAACGCCCACCACGGGAAAGGAGCAGAGAGAGGAGAACGCCCACCAUGGGAAAGGAGCAGAGAGAGGAGAACGCCCACCACGGGAAAACAACAAAAAGAGGGACCACGGGAAAACAACAAAAAGAGGGACCACGGGAAAACACCCAAGAGUGGAGAACGCCCACCACGGGAAAGGAGCAGAGAGAGGAGAACGCCCACCACGGGAAAGGAGCAGAGAGAGGAGAACGCCCACCACGGGAAAGGAGCAGAGAGAGGAGAACGCCCACCACGGGAAAGGAGCAGAGAGAGGAGAACGCCCACACGGGAAAAGGAGAGAGAGGAACCAUGGGAAAACAACAGAGAGAGGAGAGCGCCUACCACGGAAAAGGAGCAAAGAGAGGAGAACGCCCACCACGGAAAGGAGCAUUUAGAGGACAACACCCACAACGGGAAAGGAGCAGAGAGAGGAGAACGCCCACCACGGGAAAACAACAAAAAGAGGGACCACGGGAAAACAACAAAAAGAGGGACCACGGGAAAACACCCAAGAAGAGGAGAACGCCCACCACGGGAAAGGAGCAGAGAGAGGAACCAUGGGAAAACAACAGAGAGAGGAGAGCGCCUACCACGGAAAGGAGCAAAGAGAGGAGAACGCCCACCACGGAAAGGAGCAUUUAGAGGACAACACCCACAACGGGAAAGGAGCAGAGAGAGGAGAACGCCCACCACGGGAAAGGAGCAGAGAGAGGAGAACGCCCACCACGGGAAAGGAGCAGAGAGAGGAGAACGCCCCCCACGGGGAAAACAACAAAAAGAGGGACCACAGGAAAACACCAAAGAGAGGAGAACGCCCACCACGGGAAAACAACAAAGAGAGGAGAACGCCCGCCACGGGAAAGGAGCAAAGAGAGGGACCAUGGGAAAACAACAAAGAGAGGAGAACGCCCACCACGGGAAAGGAGCAGAGAGAGGAGAACACCCACCACGGGAAAGGAGCAGAGAGAGGGACCAUGGGAAAACAAAGAGAGGAGAACGCCCACCACGGGAAAGGAGCAGAGAGAGGAGAACGCCCACCACGGGAAAGGAGCAAAGAGAGGAGAACGCCCACCACGGGAAAGGAGCAGAGAGAGGAGAACGCACACCACGGGAAAACAACAGAGAGAGGAGAACGCCCACCAUGGGAAAGGAGCAGAGAGAGGAGAACGCCCACCACGGGAAAGGAGCAGAGAGAGGAGAACGCCCACCACGGGAAAGGAGCAGAGAGAGGAGAACGCCCACCACGGGAAAGGAGCAAAGAGAGGGACCACGGGAAAACAACAAAGAGAGGAGAAUGCCCACCACGGGAAAGGAGCAGAGAGAGGAGAAUGCCCACCACGGGAAAGGAGCAGAGAGAGGAGAACGCCCACCAUGGGAAAGGAGCAGAGAGAGGGACCAUGGGAAAACAACAAAGAGAGGAGAACGCCCACCACGGGAAAGGAGCAAAGAGAGGGACCAUGGGAAAACAACAAAGAGAGGAGAACGCCCACCACGGGAAAGGAGCAGAGAGAGGAGAACGCCCACCACGGGAAAGGAGCAGAGAGAGGAGAACGCCCACCACGGGAAAACAACAAAAAGAGGGACCACGGGAAAACAACAAAGAGAGGAGAACGCCCACCAUGGGAAAGGAGCAGAGAGAGGAGAACGCCCACCACGGGAAAGGAGCAAAGAGAGGGACCAUGGGAAAACAACAGAGAGAGGAGAACGCCCACCACGGGAAAACAACAGAGAGAGGAGAACGCCCACCACGGGAAAGGAGCAGAGAGAGGAGAACGCCCACCACAGGAAAGGAGCAAAGAGAGGGACCAUGGGAAAACAAAAAGAGGAGAACGCCCACCACGGGACAGGAGCAAAGAGAGGAGAACUGGAUCAUCUGCGUCUGAUCAGAUCCACGUCCUGUGAAAACAUGGAUCAGUACCUGCUCAGCCUUUGAUAAUUGGGGUCUCAA